CAGAACGGCUCUUCUUUUCGUUGCUAUCUCCUGAACACCUGCUCUCCUUACUCUUUACCAUGUUUCUCACUACCUUUUUCAACGCGCUGGUCUAUUGGACGUGCCGUCUAUUAAUGCGCGCUGGACCGUUCCAGGUCUUUGGUAACCUUGUUGCGUCCUUCAUUGACUUUUGUUACGCGACGCUUUACAAGAUCGUAACCAACUCGCAUAAAGAGACAGAGAAGCUCGUUGUAGCCGCUAUCAAGAAUGGCACAGGCAAGGGCAAGGUUGCUAUCAUUACUGGUGCUAACUCUGGAAUUGGCUACGAUACUGCCAAGGCACUGGGACGCGUCGGCUACCACACGAUCCUGGCGUGCCGCAACAUGGAACUCGGUGAAAAGGCACUCAACAGCCUGAUAGAGGAGACUGACCUAGACAACUUUGAGCUAAUGGCACUGGACCUCGCCUCGUUCGAGUCAAUUCACAAGUUUGUCGAACAAUUCAAGGAGCGCCACGACUCCCUACACCUUCUUAUCAACAACGGUGGUGUCUGCAUGUGUCCAUAUAUGACCACUGCCGAAGGCAUUGAACUCCAAUUCGGCACAAACUAUAUUGGUCACUUCGUUCUUACAGACGCACUCUUGGAUGUGAUGAAGAGAUCUAGCCCUGCGAAGAUCAUCAACUUGUCAUCGCUUGGCAGCUACAUGAACGCUGGAAUUGACAAGGAGCUGGUCGCAGACAAGAGCAGGUACGACAAGUCCCGCGCCUAUUACAACUCAAAGCUCGCACUCACCAUGUCUGCAGCCACAUUGGCCAGAAAGCUUGAGGGUACUGGAAUCACCGCCAACUCGAUUAACCCAGGAUAUGUUGCCACCAACAUCUUCCAGCACGUCGGGCUGUCGGCCAAGAUCCAGAAUAUGCUAUUCACCAACACUGUCAUGGGUUCACUAACUACACUUGCUGCGGUGCUCGAUCAGCAGUACAACGAUACCACAGGCCAGUACUUUGUUCGUUGUCAGCCCACCUACUCCCAUCCGUCAGCCAACAGUAUCAAAGAGCAGGACGACCUGUGGGAGUUUACUGAGAAGUUGGUUGCGAAACACUCAGAUCAGAGGAGUUACGGGACUUUUUAGGGCAG